AUGCGUCUGCAAGCAGAAGCCCAGUCAAUAGGGGGCCCCUCAAGCCUCAAAGGACUGUUUAAGAGGGGCCCUCAAGAUUACUGCUUUGUUUUUACAGAAGGAGACCUCCCACCCGUCCCUGCAGACUCCCUACUUCCUCCACAGAUAACGAGCGACGUUCCAAACACGUUUGCGAGAGACUCCAUAUUUCACCGCAUACCUGAUGAUAUAAUAGGCCGGGUGCUGAAGGAAAAUGAGGCAUAUUUGCAUCAGCAUCCCCGUAGCAAGGAGCUACUGCUGCUGCUACAGCAGGACAUGCGAGCAGCAGAUACGACUGCAGUGCGGCCCCUCGAAACCUUUGAGGGGUCCCUUGAAGCCUUUUCCCUGGUGGGUGCCCCUGAGGCCCCUUGUCUCGGGGGUUCUCCGGAGGGCCCUCCAUGUGGCUUCUGCUCCGAGUGUGAACUACGGGAUAUACAAAUGUGGAACAAAGUGUUGCUCAAGGAGGCCCUAGAUAGGAAUAUUACACUUUGCAAAAUUCCGUGGAUCCUAGCCGAAGUCUACUGCUACAGGCGUAUACUGCAUGCAUUUGAUUUCUUUAGAACUCUAUACGACCCAUUCCUCUACCAGAAGAUGGCAGGGCUUUCUGCUGCUGCUGCUAAAGCUGACGUCUACGGGCAGCAGGUAGCAGCUCUGUUGCAACAGCAUCCCAGUGGAGGAGACACCAAGGACCGAAACACGAAGCCCUCUCCCGCUUUGUAUAAACACCAAAUCCGAUCAGCUGUAUUUGCGUCUUUAGAGGGUAACGCAGGGGAUCUUUCCCUUUGGCCCGCAAAACUCUGCGAGGAGAUAGGGGAACCAGCCCAAGAGCGAGGGAAGCCACAGAGCGUCGGAGAACAGGAAGGCACAUUUUUUGGAGGGCCGCACUCUUGGCUCUUGGCGGAUGACUUUGAGGCAUUCUUCGAGGACCUUUGUAACAGAAGCAAGAACUGCGGCUGCAGCAGCAACAGCCAGUGCAGCCGAUGCAGCGGCGUGGUUCACCUGUGGACCGAUAACGCAGGAGGGGAACUUUUGUCUGACCUGCUGCUGUGUAGCUGCCUCCUCCUUACGGGGGCUGCACGAAGCAUAAGGCUUUGCGUCAAACAGCAGCCCACGUACGUCUCUGACGUCACAAAACCCGAUCUAGAGAUGACCAUAAGGUGGAUGCAGAGCCAAGGACAGGUAGAAUGGACCGCCACACCUCCCAAGUCCGGAUCCCUGAAUAUCCUGUCGCCCUCGAAAGCGCUUUCUGAGUUCCUUACGAGGCAACUAUCCUUCUGUGCUGUAUCAAAUGUUAAGAAUUGGUGUUUGAAAAGCUUGCUGUUUGUGCUACAGGACGUGAACUUGUCCCGUUGGGGCGCCUUACUAAGGGAGUGGCUUGUUGCGGGUGUACUUAUUGUGUCUGCUUCGUUCUUUUGUUGCUCCCCUCUUGAAUUACGGAGAGCUCCGAAGCCCAUUGUAUCGUUGUGGGAAAAAGAGGCGGCGCUUAUUAUUCUCAAGGGCGACAUGAACUACAGGAGGCUAAUAGGUCAGGCGGCCAGCCCAAAAUGCACAAGCCCUCGCCCAUACUUAUGCACACAAGAACAAAGGGCUCCCUUAGGAACUAUGCACCAGGGAAUUUUGGCGAGGGAGCCCGCUAAUGGAGGAGGGGGGCGGCACAGCUGGGGGGAGGGGAGGAAGGGGCGGGGUGAAAGGCCCCAGAUUUUGUGCUAUGCGGAUGGGGGCAGUCGUGCCCCUGGAGAGGCGUGGCGGCCCAUAGGGAAGGCAGGCUAUGGGCAAAGGAAAGUGGGUGUGGGUGUGUGUGUGUCUCUAUGGGUAGUAACGAAUAACAUGUGCCCAGAGGCAGCCACCUAG